GUUAGGGUUUUAUCACUUCACCUUUCGUGGCAAAAGCGGUAAACCCCUUUCCCCGCGUCGCCGAAUUUGGACCCAGAAGCGAAAAUGCCGUCGCACAAGACCUUCAGAAUCAAGAAGAAGCUGGCGAAGAAGAUGAGGCAGAACAGGCCCAUCCCUCAUUGGAUCCGUAUGAGGACAGACAAUACUAUUCGGUACAAUGCAAAACGCAGGCACUGGCGCCGUACCAAGCUAGGGUUCUAAGGUGGUUGUGUUUUUCCAUGUUUCUGCUUUUCAUAUCCAUUUUGUUGAGUCAGAAUUUGUAAGACGAUGGAACUAGCUGGAUUUGUUUCUUAGUAUUUUGUAGUCUGUACCCUAAUCUGUUGGAUUUAGGGUUUAUUUUCUUCUACAUUUUUGAACGAAUUUGUCUUUGGCAUAUUAUUUUCUUAUAUUUAUCAAUCUAAUUCAAGGAUAAAUUUUGUGGUACUA